GCCAGGGUGGGGACAGUGGGGAUCUCCACAUGCUAUGGGCGCGAAAUGGCUGCACAAGCUGGCGCUUUUGCACGGCUGGACCUUUGCAGUGGGCUUCGGUGACGUAGGCUGCUGGUUCGCCACGGUGACCUACGAGUCCUGCUGCGAUCUGCGGCUAGGGCCCCGGGGCGCGGAGAUCUGCUGGGACCAAAUCUUCACCUUCGAGCGCUGCUGCGCUGUAGACCCCUGCUAUGGGCAGCCGCUCCACAGCUGUCCGCAGCACAACGAGGAGCCCAGCGGCGCUUUGAUUCGGGAGGCGCAGCAGGUUGCGGUGGCGCACGGCUGGCAGCGGCUCUCGGCUUACAUCAGCCAAGUGCAGGCGCUCUUCGAGCAGAAGGACCAGAUCGGCGUGGAUUUCAUGGCGGCCACGGCCUUCCUGGCCGCGGAGCGGCUGCAGGGCUUCCCGGGCUAUGGCCAGCCCAGGAACCGGGCCUUGGUCUACUACGAGCUGGCCUGCCGCAAGCCUGAGCUGAUGCUCUCCAAGAAGGCCAUGUCGGUGUGUGAUCAGCCGGGCGAUGCUCGAAUCAGCGAGCAAGAGGCGAACCGCAAGAUCGCCCUUUUCCACAUGAUCCGCAGCCUCUUCGGCGGCAUGUACGUCCAGGCGAGGUACCUCUUCCGCCUGGCCUUGGAGUUGACGGGUUUGGCGAAUCUCCGCGGCGGGGACUGCCGCAGCCGGGGCAAGGAGGCGGCGGCACGGCUGGCGGAGGUGCUGGAGAGGCACUUGGAGCAGAUGGGCUUGGCCAUGCAGGAGUUGACGCAUUCUCCCGUGGCUUUUGCACCUGGCAUGGGAACUCCUGGUAUGGUCAUAUCUGAGAGGAUGAGCAGCCCACUGCUGGUGGAUUAUUGGAAAAAGUUGGUGGAGGGCGUUAUGGACUCGAAGGACUGUUUCGACGUGGUCUACCACCUCAUUGGCCUGGUCUCCCACGUCUUGGAGUCCGCCGUCCGCCUCAACGCGCACUUCUUCGCGCAGAUCUACGUGACGGAACUGCAGGAGUCACCGCAGCCAGUGCCGGGCUCCAAGGUGAUUCCCCUGCCAGGACAGCGCUUCACCUUCCGCUCCGUGCGGUGCUGCUUUCGGUAUCACGUGCUCCAUCAGCUCCUGGAGGAGUUCAAGCAGGAGACAGUGACCAUGAUAGAGAUCGGCGUGCAUGCUGCAGGCACCUCCAUGUAUUUGCUGGAUCGGGUGCCAUCUCUACACUGGACCGGAAUUGAUGAUUACCAGGAUUACGUGAAAGGCUCAGGAGACGCCAUGUUUCAGGAAGCCUCGAAUCGGGUGCAGCGGUUCGGGCCGCGAGCCCGGCUGCUGCGGGUGCCGUCGGCCUCUGCCUGGGACACCUCCGGAGCUUUGCACGGCAUUGCGCUGCAGUCUGUUGAUCUCCUAUUUGUGGAUGGCGACCACGACUACAGCGUCACCAAGAACGACCUAGUUUCGUGGUCCAGAUUUGUCCGUCCGGGGGGUAUCAUCAGUGGCCAUGACAUCUUCAACCCCAUCAACGAUGGCGUCACCGACGCGGUGGAGGAGGUCCUGCGCGGCCGGGAGCUGGUGGUCCACUUCGCGACGGAUCACUUCUUCUGGUGGCGCCAGCCGUAAAGCCCUCCGUGGACGGUGCCUCUCGGAGUCGAGGGAGAUGGCGAUGGAGGCGGAAGCGCUCCCCCGAGCGCUCGGGCCGCCGACAUGGACGGAAACGCUGGCCAGAGGCUUUCCCUGAAGAAGGACACGCGAGAAGCGCCUGGAAGUGGAGGAAUCUUUGAGCCCUCGCAAAGCUCGUGGCGCCCAAAUUAUCGGGUCAGGC